GAAAAGUUUUUUUUUUUUUUUAAUCUGGAGAUUGUUUCCCCUGUAUUGCAUCAAUAUGGGUUUCGUGCAGAAAAGCCCGGUAAUCUUCCUGUCUAAUCAACCCGGGAAUUUAAGGUAAAGAAAUGAGGAAAUAAAGCAAGGACUAGACUCAGUCGGCAUUAGAAAACCAAUAGAUAACCCGAUUGGUUCUGCUGACAUUGAUACUGGACGCAGGAUUAAAUGGUAGGCCAUAGGCUUGGGUUGCAGGGGUAUGCCAGAAAACCAUUCCCGUUAAAGCCACCACAAAAUGACACAGUCGUGACUGACGAGCUGAUCAGGUGAUUUUAGGUGAGCUAUAGUAUUACAGAAACAGGGAAACUGUGAAUAAAUUCCCCCGGGUUCUAAGAAACGGGUGGAUAUCUUCAAAAGAUUACGCAUCUUCCUUAUUGGACAGAAAUUCAUCAAAGUGUCAAACUUUCCAAUCAACGACAAGACGCCUCUUAAAAGCGUUUCGCACAUCUUCUAUGAACUUAUCCGAAUUGUUUGUUGAAUGUUCGACUUAAGACAAGGUUCCUAUUAUACCGGCUCAAGCUGAUAGCUCGAGACAAGAAUUUUACGGUGUGCGUGUCACAGAUUACCAUACCUUGAUAGGGGAGCUAGCUCUAUAGGGAGAUACCACUUGGACAACAGAAUUAGCACGAGUGACGUAGCGUAUAGACACCACUGAAAACAGACGCUGAAGAGUUAGACACAUGCUAGUUUUUUAUACGUUGAAAUCACGUCUGGUAUCUUGCUAAAAGGGUUGAAAAUGUGACAACCACGGGCACAGACUGACAUCCGGAAACAGCACGAAUGAUAUGACUGUCAUUUACGCAUAGAAACCAAAGCAAACAUGAGUUGAGAGUCCUUUGUCAAAUAUAUUUGGAAGACAGCACUUUAAACCUACUUAAAGGUUAACUUAAAGGACAGAACUGACACGAGAGUUAUAAAAGCCAGGAUGCCUAUUGAAACCACUAGAAACAGAUGCUGACAUUUUUUAAGGAUUUGAGAGUUGUCUCUCAAAAACACCCAGAACACCAGUAAUGAGCGACGUAGGUCAUCUGUAUCACGACGCCAGUCAUGGCGCUAUAUUGGACGUCAAAGAAUUUCUACGCACAAGAAAGACAAAUGCUAGAGAAGAGAAGCAUCUCAAAGCUCAGACAAAAGUUAUUGACAGAGCAAUAGACGUCACAAGACGAAAACACCGCCACGAAAAAGCCAGCGUAAAAAAUGAUCUCAGUGAUAUUUUGGCACGAACGCCUUCCUUGGCUGCAAUACGACCAUUUUCAAGCUCUGCCGUGGCACUUCUCAGAGAAAACGAGCAGUACCAUAACAGACAGAGAAGAAAGGGCAGUUUACCAGUGUCUGCUAAAGAGUUGGGUCUUGCAGCAGGUGCUGCCGGUUCUGUGAUCUCCGCCACGAAAAGCCUUCCCGCCAUACCGACAGCCUAUUCUAACAGUGAACGCAGGCCGAGGACUGUUGCGCAUGCACCGAGCCGUACGUGCCCAGACCUUUCUUUCGAAUUUAGCAAUUUUUCAAUAAAGACAAGCACCCUUUACAAAAUUAAACGAGUCAAUAACAUAUCGAAAUCUCUAAGUGUUUUGUACGCAAAGAUGUCCAACGACGAAGACAGAUACAGGAAGAUGCAUAAAGCCCACGCGGAUCUGUUGGAAAGGUUCAAAAAGGCUGAAGAUAACGAAGCCUACCAAAUCGCUAAAAUAGUUCUGAAAAACAGCAAGUACAGAUCUCUUGUUGAUAAGAACUACGACCCCCAGAUUUCAGACGACGAAAAGACAGCGGACGAUUUGGAGAAAGCAUCUGUAGAUUUAAACACAACAAACAUGUCGUUAAAGGAAGAAGAUGACCAGUUGAACCAGGAGGGGGAGAUUGAAAAAACAUUUAACAGUGCUAAGCGUCUUUCUAUCAAGUCUCGCAGUAGUGCGCCUAAUUCACGAGAAACUCACUUCUCAGAACCUGUGACUAAAGCUGGGAGUGGAUCAAGUGGAUUUUUGAAACAACUUGUCGAAGACUUGGAAAAAGAAGAUUCAUCACUAGACGGUCGCGAUCAUCUUACAGAAAAUACUAUCGAUUCGCCUUCUAAAGUACUAUUACCAGGAGAAAGUGGAAUCUCAAAGCUACCUGAAAUAUGGAAACGCGAUAUUAAACCGGAAAAAACUAAGGAAAAGAAAAAGGUCGUUAACAGGGUAACAAUUGGAGGAAGAAUAAGAAAAACCACAUACACUCCUUAAUAUUGAAAUUCAAAAAA